GAUAGCUUGGCGCGUCUUCAAAACCCGUACCUAGGUUUGCCUCAAUAAACUUCUUCGUGCUUCCUCCACAUCCACACACAAACUACCUCGCACCACAUCGAAUUUGCAGAGCAACGAAGUAAACCUCACUACAUUCAAGCCAAACAAUAGGAUUACAAUUGAAAUGUCUACCUCACGGAAAAAUUUUCAGUUCAAGGUGAAGAAGGAGGACGUUACUGCUCACGCAAAGCCCACUCCGAAUUCUCAAAGACUCAACGACUCCCUCAAUCAACUCUCUAGUGCUUACGCCAGUGAUAACAUGAGUGCCAUCCACGACGCCCUAACCUCAUUCAAUUUUGACCUUGAGUCCGAAAAGGAGAUCGAGAAGAAACGCAUCAAAGUUAAGAAGGACAACGAGUUCGCUGAGCAGUUCGACAAGAGUCUUGAUGUCAAAGACAGUGGCAAGGCUGAAGUUGCGAUGGAGAACGAGAUCACGAGGAAGGGAGGCAGCAAGGGAAAGACGGUCAAGAAGGAGACCUGCUGUGGUUGUGGUGGAUGUAAUGAACUUUGAGAGCAUAUUUUCUACGAAGGAAGGCACUUGAUAGCCUGGGCUGCGUACGCAUAAUUCUUAGCAUACGAGUAAUGAUAGAGAUUGUUUGUGCGGUUCAAGUUGAUAAAGUUCGGGCUGGUAGCUACCUCAACCAUUCUUGGUGAAAGAACAGAUUAGGGCC